AUGAACUCUUUCUCUUCUUCUCUUUCAGAGAACGACGGUGCUUUCUUUCUCCACCCUCUCCGAUCUAAAACACCGUCAUCACAACCAUCAUCCUUAUCGCCAUCUUGCCAAAAUGAAAUACAUAACAAAGAGCUCAAUGCAAAGAAAUGGCUAAAUGAGGCUUACCAACCGGAGAACGAUUCGUCGAUUAGAAGCUAUAAAAGUUGGUUAGAGGUACUACAACUGCUUCUAAGGGGUGUUAUAAUGCUAGAAUCUGAAGAAAACUGCAUUUAUAUACUCGUAUGGUUGGAGUUAUCCAAGUCUCAUAGAGUAGUUGUUUGUACAAAGGAUGAAGAGGUUUCUAUGGGCGAGGCAACACUAUUGAUGACCUUUAUGCAUAGCAAGUUAUAA